AAAUAAUUUUAGAGUAAGAUAAAAUGACUGAUAAGGUCACAGCUAUAUCUUUCAACAAAGAUGGAUCCCAGGUAGCAAUCUGUACAGGGGAGAAAGAGAUAUUAAUUUAUGAGACUAAAGGUAGCAAGAAGUUCGCUGAUUGGGAACAAAUCCAUAUCCUCAAAGAGCACACCCAGAAAGCUGCUGUCAUCGACUGGAACCAUGAGACUGGCCUCAUCCUUACAGGCUCUUAUGAUAGAAGCAUCUUCGUCUGGAAGUACAGCGAUGAACAUGCCAAGUACCUGCCUCAGAUGGUUAACAUGGAUGAGAAGCUGGCCAUCCUGGACGCCAAGUGGAACAGACAAGGCACCAAGUUCGUCGUCGGAACGAGCUCCAAGCGCAUUUACGUCGGCACCUACAGCGCGAAGCACGGCUGGUGGGCCACCGGAGAAAUCAAGAAGGAGCACAAGUCGAGUGUGCUGGCUGUGGAGUUCUCACCGAAUGGCAGAGUGAUUGCAUCAGUGAGUUUUGAUGGAACCUGCAAAAUAUUGUCAGCAUACAUGAAGGAUGUAGAUGAGGAAGAGACAAAGACACCGUUCGGAGAUGUCACUACCUUCGGAGAAUGCCUAGCUAAAUUUAAGUGUCAAUUCUGGCUUAAUCAUGUAACUUGGUCUCCAUCAGGAGAUAGUAUUUGUUAUGCUUCUCAUGAUGGAACUCUCAACUUCUGAGAUGUGUCCUCAGGAGAGAAAGGUAAAAUCUUCAAAUAUACUCACAAGGGAUUACCUUUCUCCAAGGGAAGAUUUAUUGGAGAUGAUAAAUUCCUUGCAGUAGGAUACGACAAGGCACCCUUCCUUUUCAAAAAGUCUGCUGAUAAAUGGAGUCUAGAUAAAGUGCUUGAUAAAGGAUUUGAUAAAUUUAAGGAUUUCUCUGCUAAAGUCGGCUCUAAAGAUUUCUUCGCAUUAAGAGAAGUUGAAUCUGAUAUCAAGAUUGAUGAUAAGUUUAAGAUGAAAGAGAGGGAUACAAAACAUGAGAAUACUAUCCAGUACCUCGUACCUUACGGUUCCGGUGAGCUCUGUACUUGUGAUGAUAAUGGGAACAUCUUUUUCUGGAAAGUAUAAUCUGUU